AUGGGAGAGAAGUGCGCAAUCAAGAAAGAUGUUACUGAAUUAAUAGGCAAUACCCCAAUGGUAUAUCUCAAUCAUAUUGUGGAUGGUUGUGUAGCCCGUAUUGCUGCGAAGCUUGAGAUGAUGGAACCCUGCUCUAGUGUUAAAGACAGGUAUUUAACUUAUGCAGAGGAUAAGGGUCUAAUUACGCAGGGGAAGACUGUCCUCAUUGAGCCUACCAGUGGUAACACUAGCAUUGGGUUGGCGUGGAUUGCAGCAGUCAAGGGUUACAAACUUAUCCUUACCAUGCCAGCUUCAAUGAGUAUCGAGAGAAGAAUUGUGCCCCUAGCUUUUGGAGCAGAGUUGUAUAUUACAGAUCCUGCCAAGGGCCUUAGUGGGAAUCUUGGGAAGGCUAUUGAGCUGCUCAGUGAAAUACCUAAUAGUUAUAUGCUUCAGCAAUUUGAAAAUCUUGCCAACCCAAAGAUCCAUUAUGAAACCACUGGCCCAGAGAUAUGGAGAGAUUCAGGAGGGAAAGUUGACGCCCUGGUUUCAGGGAUAGGGACCGGGGGUACGGCAACUGGUGCAGGGAACUACCUCAAGGAGAAAAACCCAAAGAUCAAGGUGUACGGGGUAGAACCAGUUGAAAGUGCUGUGUUGAGUGGAGGACAGCAUGGCAUGCAUUUGAUCCAAGGAAUUGGUGCUGGUAUUAUCCCUACUGUUCUGGAUGUCAAUAUGCUUGAUGAAGUUAUUCAAGUUUCAAGUGAGGAAGCUAUUGAAACUGCCAAGCUGCUUGCCUUGAAAGAAGGCUUGCUGGUGGGGAUCUCAUCUGGUGCUGCAGCAGCUGCUGCUAUAAAGUUGGGAAAGAGGCCUGAAAAUGCUGGAAAACUCAUUGUUGUGGUCUUCCCCAGCUGUGGUGAGCGUUAUCUAUCUACUCCCCUCUUUGAUUCCCUUAGGCAUGAAGCAGAAAACAUGACUUUUGAUACCUGA